CCCUGGCCUCCCCCUCCCGGGCAGCCUGACUAACCAGCUGGUCCAGGCCCGAGGUCCGGGGAGGGGCGGGGGCAGCCAGAGCAGCCCCUGAGGCUUCAGGCGGUCAUGAGGCUCCUGGGAAGCUGGCCUGGCCUGUGGCUACUGAUCCUGGCGGGACCGAGCUGGGUGCUACUGUGUCUCAGCCUGGAGCAGAUCCCCUACACGCCGCAGAUGACCGCCUGGGACUUGGAAGGGAAGGUCACGGCCACCACGUUCUCGCUGGAGCAGCCGCGCUGCGUCUUCGACCGGCACGCCGGAGUGGCCGGCACCGUCUGGCUCGUGGUGGCCCUCAGCAAUGCCUCCAGGGACUUCCGGAACCCGCAGACACAGGCUGAGAUCCCGGCCUCCCCACAGCUGCAUACCCACGGCCACUACAUGACGUUGCCCCUGUCGCUGGCCCAGCUGCCCUGUGAGGACCCCCCGGGGGGCGGUGGCCCUGUCGCCCUGCUGCGGGUGGGGAAUGACUUCGGCUGUCGGCAGCGGCUGUACUGCAACGCCCCGCUCCCCGGCCCGGGGCCCUACAGAGUGAAGUUCCUCUUGAUGGACGCCGGUGGCUCCCCGGUGGCCGAGACCAGGUGGUCGGACCCCAUCACUCUGCGCCAAGGGCAGGCCCCGGGCACCAUCGACACGUGGCCGGGACGGCGCAGCGGUGGCAUGAUCGUCAUCACCUCCAUUCUUUGCACCCUGGCCGGCCUCCUGCUGCUGGCCUUCCUGGCUGCCUCCACCGUGCGCUUCUCCAGCCUGUGGUGGCCAGGCGAGACCCCUGAGCAGCUGCGGAUCGGCUCCUUCAGACAGACGCGCUACGCGACCCAUCACAUCCCGCCCAGCGAGGCCGCCACUCUGCCCGUGGGCUGUGAGCCGGGCCCGGACCCCCUCCCCAGCCUCAGCCCCUGAGCUGGUCUCUGUGCCCAGCAUGCUCCCAGGGCAGCGCCGUGGCCAGGCCCACCCUGUCCCUACCUCUCUUCUGCCUGAGCUCCCUGAUAGGGAAGGCAGGUGGACAGGGUGCCCUGCCCGGAAGCUUGCUCAUCCCAGGAGGCCUGCGGAGGGCAGGGGGCUGUCUGUGCGCACCGUCGGCCUGAGCCCGCUCUGUCCCUCUGUCCUGCCCGUCGGCAGCUGGGGCGGGGUGAGGGCUUCUGGGACAUCUCCACUGUCCAUGGACUCAGGCCCUUUGUGGGGAUGGGCCAUGGCAGGAGAGGGGAGAAUCAGUCCAUCCCCACCUCCAACCCUCUUGCACAAACCCCUGGCUCAUGCCUUUAUCCACUCCCCUGAGCACCUGCUGUAUGCAGUGGUAGACACGGACCUCCAGCACAGCCAGUUCUGACCCUGGACAGCUCACUGCCCUGGGGCCCCAUCAGGCUCGCUGGCAUCCCCGCCCCCAUCACCCGCAAGAAUGCGCGCUCUAAACCAGCAAACCACAGCUCGUCCCCAAGGCCGGUACUUCCCGCCUCAGCCACACGGGGGCGCUGGUGCACCACUGCCAGAUGUCCGCGCGCAAGCGCACUCGUAUUCACAGGCCUGCAGAGGUGCGGACCACCGGCCUGGAGAAGCGGAGGCCCCCGGGCUUGCACCGCCGCACGCCGCGACGGAACCCAGUGUCCCCAGCUCCCUCAGGAGCCCGGCGCGGGCCCUCGUGAAUAAAUGCGGAUCGGCUGGC